UUCCACAAAUUUACCUAUACUGUAAUCCACGAUAAAACAGAAUACACUCUUAUCAAAACAAUAUGUACAACUAAAACGUUUAAAAGAAUCCAACAUGUGAAAUUGUUUAAAUGAUGUUGAAGGGAUUUGUAAAGAGUUUAAAAGAAUCAGUUGUGAUAUAUCAAAGUGUAAUUCAUUUAAAAUAUAAAAUAGAAAAUGUUUGUUACGUCUGAUUCGGAAAAAAAGUGUUUCUUGGAGCAUACCAAAGCUGCUAGAGAGGAGCGGGCAUACGAAAAACGUCGGGAAGAGGCAGCUGUAAGAAUACAAGCACAAUGGAAAGGAUACGUAAUUCGUAGACAGUAUUACAAUAAGAUACUCUAUGACUUUGAUAAUAUAUUCAUAACGGAAAAUAACGACUUGGACGUAGAUCUUUUACCAGCAAAUACUGUGUAUCCGGUUGUUCGGCGCUUCCUCACAUAUUUUGAAUGUAAAAAUGGAACACCCCCCGUUGUGAAACCAUCACGGGAGAAGUUUGAAUGUUUAUGUCGUUAUUUAAACAAAGCCAUGGAAUCGGAAUCACCAAAAUUGUCGUACGCUGCUCUUUGUCUGCACAAAGAUAAGAGCUUGCCUUGGUUGGCACAUAUCAAAUCAUUAUUGACCUUAUGCUGUUUAAUGCUGGGCGAUAUUAAACCAGAAAAUCAUACCGACAGCAUUUCCUUGGCUCUGUAUUUGCAUACUUUAAUCGUUUUCACUUCACCAAAGUCGUGGGGUAUUCUGCGCAAUAAACAAUUCGAAAAAAUGCAACCAGCAUUUCAGAAAAUAUGCUGCAAUAUUCAGGGAAAAUUAGUACAAAAUAAUUUUUUCAAAACUAUGCGCACAAUCCUAUUAAAAGGCACAGCACGGGAGGAUCUUUCCAUUAAACCCGUUUCGCUUAAAGCUAUAAUGACGCUUUCCACCCGACCGCUUAUCGAUGGGAGCUUUAGUCGUAAUUUGUUGACGUAUUUUUUCGCGGAAAUUUUAUCCGUUCCAGCACUGGUGUUUCAUUUGAAUAUUGUUACACCACAGUGUUUGGAAAAUCUCACCAACAUGCAUGUCCUCAAGCGAUUUGUUCAAUCAGCAGAAGAUUGUAAUUGGUUUUCAGAAUUUACAAACCAUAUGCCUGGCACUAAAUUGCUUGCAUUGUUGGGAAAUGUUGUAAAUCUUUUUACAAUCGAAAGCUUCAUAGAAGCAAAGGAGCUGGCAUAUCCACUUUUCACGAAUGCAACCACUAUACUUCUCGAAAAUAUUCCUAACACGGUAUCAAGUAAAGGAGUAUUCACGCAAUGGCAUGAACUACUUGGAUGGCAUACACCCUCGUUAGAUUCAGCACAAAACCAAAAUGUAGCACUGAUUAAAAAACAAUUUCAUUUGUUAUGGGGUCAUCGAUGUAUCAAAGUUUUGUUGGCUGAUUUGCUUAGGGAUAUUAAUGCUACUUAUGAACGCAUAGAAUUCCAGCCACCGGUACAAGCCUCCACAAGCAACAUACUUCGUCGGGCGUUGGACCGCGGAUCAGCUCGUGGCACUUUUAUCAGAGGUAAUAGAACGUGGCGUACACUCGAUUGUACCGAAGUGGAGCAAGUGUCUCGGGUAUGUGCCAUGUUUUAUGCGGCAUUAAACACGCUUUCACAACUUCGCCUUGAUAUUUUAACAGGUAUUUGUUACAAUGAUAAUGUUUUGUACGAUCUUUGGCUACUUCUCACAUCACUGGGACCGAAUUGUGGUAUGAAGGAGUUUAUGGAGUUAUUAAAGCAAGACAACGUUUUACAAAAAUCCCAGGUCACAAUGCUUAUGCUCUUUUGCGAUAGUAUGACCCAUUAUGUUACGUAUGUAAAAUAUGAAUUGAAAUUACAAGAAUUUAAAUACAUAAUAUGUGCAUGUAUGUUUUCUAGUAUUUUAGAUGAGUAUGAAAUGUAUACAGAACAAAAGCCAUUUCUCCUCAAUGACUUCAUCAUGCUUACUUAUUUUCUCAACAAUAUACUCUACAAACUUAUCAACGAGAAUUUACUUGGUACGAAAAAUGUCACCCAAUGUCCGGUAUUUGUGUCUCUGCAUACGUUGCUGUUAUGUUUGUACCGACGUGAUUGCCGCCGAGCAUUUGCGCCAAAUAAUCACUGGCUAAUUCCCGAAGUAAAACCCUCUGCGUUUAUUAGUGAUUUGGAGAAAGCCAAAAGGCACGCAGUGAUUUUGUUACAGAAAAUGCCUCAUAUCAUACCCCAUGAAGAUCGUGUCAAAUUGUUUCGGAAAUUCGUGCAAAACGAAAAGGCUGUCAUGGGUCUAACGGAGAGUGCGUGCGCAUCACCACGAUCUGCUUUAAUCGUCGUUCAUCGUGACCGAAUUGUGGAGGAUGGUUAUCGACAGUUAGCUGCGCUUAGGCCUCAUGCACUAAAAGGCGUGAUUCGUGUGCGUUUUAUUAAUCAACAAGGUUUACACGAGGCUGGUAUUGAUCAAGACGGCGUUUUCAAAGAGUUUUUAGAGGAAACUAUUAAGAAAGUAUUUGAUCCAUCGCUGAAUUUAUUUAAAACAACCACAGAUCAGCGCUUAUAUCCUUCGCCAAUAUCAUAUGUGCAGGACAAUCAUUUACAAUUAUUUGAGUUUGUGGGUCGAAUGUUGGGAAAAGCAGUAUAUGAAGGUAUAGUUGUGGAUGUUCCAUUCGCUUCCUUCUUUCUCUCCCAGCUCUUAGGACAAACACAUCAGGCGUUGUACUCUUGCAUGGAUGAGCUGCCCUCAUUAGACAAUGAGCUCUAUCGCAGUCUUACAUUCAUUAAGCACUAUAAACAAGACGUGGCUGACUUGAAUUUAACAUUUUCGGUAGAUCAAGAUGUAAUGGGAAAGAUUGUUACACAUGAAUUACAUCCAGGGGGAAAAGCUCGUGCUGUUACUGACAGCAAUAAGUUGGUAUAUAUACAUUAUAUGGCCUAUUUCCAUAUGAACACGCAAAUACGGGAACAAACACAGGCUUUUAAUCGUGGAUUUCGUAGUAUCGUCAAUCCAGAAUGGUUAUCCCUAUUUUCACCUCCGGAAUUACAGCGGCUCAUAUCUGGCGAUACUGUGCCACUAGAUUUGCGAGAUCUACGAAAACAUACGCAGUAUUAUGGAGGAUUUCAUGAUUCACACCGUGUUGUUGGUUGGUUAUGGGAUAUCUUGGCUAAAGAUUUUACGGAAGAAGAGCGCAAACUGUUUCUUAAGUUUGUAACUAGUUGUUCCAAACCACCUUUACUUGGAUUUGCGAAUCUCGAACCACCUUUUUCUAUUCGUUGUGUUGAAGUUAGUGAUGACGAAGAUACUGGUGACACUAUAGGUAGUGUUAUACGUGGAUUCUUCACCAUACGUAAGAAAGACCCCCUCAAUCGCUUACCGACAUCAUCAACCUGCUUUAAUUUAUUGAAGUUGCCAAACUACCAAAAGAAGUCCACGUUGCGCGACAAAUUACGUUACGCCGUUAGCAGCAAUACCGGAUUUGAGUUGUCCUAAAUUUAUAAACUGAAGUUAACUUCUAAAUUAAAUAUGCAACUAAACUGUAUCUUCAUAAAUAUUUACACCAAUAUAAAUUGCAUAUAUGUAUGUAAGUAUGCAAUGAUUUUGAAGAGCGCUUCGAUUCGCUGCAAUAAUAAGAUAAGGUUCAAUUGAAAUUUUUAUUAUAUUCACCUUAUGCGUGUAUAUGUAUAUAUACUUGUAGUAUCUGAUAAAAUUCAAAGGUCAACCUAUAAGUUUUACUUUUUGAAUAAUAUCUUGCUGAAACAAUUCUUAAUUCGAUAUGAAUCCGGAUCUGGAUCCGCCGCAGUUACGUUAUCCAAAGGUAUAAGGAAGGGAAGAAUUUUUACUCACACAAGGCGGAGAUGUCCCUAGUUGGAUGAUCAACAGUUUGGCGGCAAUUACUCAGUGAAAUUUCGCUUUUGAAACUUAUACCCGGUAUUCA